UCUCCCUCUCCCUCCCUCCGACGACCUCUCGACUUGUAAUCAUCAAAACAAAAUAAAACCAUUCCAUUCCCCCUCCCUUCCACCACCUUAACACCUCCAUCAUCCCCCCCCUCUUCUCUCGCUCUCUCUCUCUCUCAAACACUUGCAUCCAUGUGGCAGUCUUAGUUGUUAGAGAGGAAGAACAGAACAUGGAGAGAAGAGCAGUGGCGGCGAGAGCCGAGAUCGACACAAGGCCGCCAUUCCGGUCGGUGAAGGAAGCCGUUAUACUCUUUGGCGAGAGGGUCUUAACAGGAGAGGACUAUGUCAACAAGCUUAAUGAGAUGCGAUCUGCUGCAAGCUCAAACGAGCAUAGCCCCUCACAAAUCGGGUCCAUGAAGGCUGAGUUAGAAGAAACAAAGAAAAACCUUGAGAAGGCACGUGAAGAAAGGCUUAGAAAUGGCGAACUGCCUCUGUUCUCUCAGAGCAGAGCUCGAGAUGACAAAGAACGAGCUCAAACAAUUGAAAGCGAGGGAAUCAGAGAAACGAGUUAUAGAAUUGGAGAUUGAAGACCUCAAGUUUGUGGAGAGUACAACCAAAAUUCAGGUGGAGAAACCGGUGAUUAAAGAGGGAAUGGAACUGCAAAAGAACAGGAGUGUUAAGUUUGCUGACCCACCAACCCUGGCUCAAGUUUUGGAAGAACAAGUUUUGGAAAGACAAAUGUCUGUGGACAGUGCAACAGAACCAAUGAAGAAGAGGAAGAAGAAAAAGGCCUUGAUUCCUUUAAUAGGAGUGAUUUUCUCUAAGAAGAAAGGUUAUCAAGAAGGUGCAUCACCUAAUGCUCAUAGAUCAUAAAUGUGGGGCAUGGGCUUUGAAGCUCCAUGCUUGUGCUCAAACAAUUAAGGCAAUUUUUCACAUUGGUUUUCCUUCCCUUUUAUCUUCUAUGUAUUUUUCUUCAGUUUGCUCCAUUCAGUGCCAUAUUUGGCUGUCUUACAAUGUGAUUGGAGGUGGUAUUGUCAUUCAUCAGUGACUUUAAUACAUGAUGUCGUGCAUUACAAAGGUCCAUUUCUCAUUCA